AUGACCGAUUUAACAGCAUCUAAUCUUUUUUCCGUCAAGGGCAAGGUUGCCUUGGUGACUGGAGGCGGAACUGGCAUUGGAUAUAUGAUUGCAAAGGCACUCGUUUGUAAUGGUGCCAAUGUUUACAUAGUAUCUCGAAAGAUUAAAGUUUUGGAAAAGGCCGCAUCGAGCUUAAAUGAACUUGGCCCUGGCAAGUGUACAGCUCUCCAAGCAAACUUAAAGUCCAAGGCCGCAUGUGAGCAAGUGGCUUUAGAACUUGGUGCAAGAGAGGAUAAAUUGCAUAUUCUUGUGAACAACUCUGGGGUAGGUUGGGCUGCUAAACUGGAAAAUAUACCCGAAAGUUCUUGGGAUCAUGUGAACAAAGUGAAUCUGUAUGCGGUUUAUUAUCUUACCAUGGCAUGUCUGCCGCUUCUUGUGAAAGCGAAUCAAGGUCCAAAGGACCCCGCCAGAGUUCUUAUUAUUGGUAGCAUCGGUGGUCUCUUAACGGAAGAUUUUAAUCGUCUCGCUAAGCCACCUGCUAAUACUAUGUCAACUUUAUCUUAUGCCGUUUCAAAGGCGGCCGUCCAUCAUUUGGCUACGACGCUAGCUACCCAUUUGACUCCUCGUGGCGUAAAUGUGAACGUGAUCGCUCCGGGUACAUUUCCAACAAAAAUCACCGAGAGCCGGGAUGACAAACUUGUUAACGAAAGCACGCCGAUUGGUCGAAUAGGACUUGAAUCAGAUAUGGCAGGUGCUGUCUUGUACCUUUCAUCGCCCGCCGGAGCGUUCGUUACCGGUGCUGUACUAGUGUCUGAUGGGGGAACAAUGCUUUCAUCUGUGAAUAAAGUUCUCGCUAAGAUUUAA